AUGAAAGUUUUGAUUAUUUUUGCCCACCCGGAACCCCAAUCUCUCAAUGGCGCACUUCAUCGAAUUGCUGUACAAGAGUUGGAAGAACAGGGUCACCAUGUUCAAGUCUCUGAUCUGUACAAGAUCAAGUGGAAGUCCGAAGUGGAUCGUGAAGACUUUCCGAAUUUUCCCAAGGAGCAACGGCUCGACCUAUGGACCGCGUCUGCCGAUGCAUAUGCCCAGAAUUCCCUAACUCCAGAUGUGCUUGAUGAGCAAGAUAAGCUGCGAUGGGCCGACUUCGUGAUAUUCCAAUUUCCCCUCUGGUGGUUCACAAUGCCAGCAAUCUUGAAGGGAUGGGUAGACAGGGUUUAUACCUAUGGCUUUGCUCACGGCCUUGGAGACCAUACCGACCAACGCUGGGGCGACCGAUACGGAGAAGGUACUUUGGCGGGAAAACGCGCCAUGUUGAUCGUAACUCUUGGGGGGUGGGAGGAACACUAUUCGGCUCGCGGCAUCAGCGGCCCAAUCGAAGACGUUUUAUUCCCGAUUAACCACGGUGUCUUGUUCUACCCCGGCUUCGAGGUUCUACCACCAUUUGUCGCUUUCCGAGUCCAUAAAACCAGCUUUGAUGAAAUCGCCAGCACACUCCGAAAAAGAAUGCGCGAAAUUGAGUUUACGAAAUCUAUUCCCUAUCGGAACCAAAAUGGUGGCGAGUACAGCAUCCCAACUUUGACUCUGCAUGAGAAGCACGGUGGAGACGUAUCAUCUGGAUUUGGACUGCAUACGCGCAUGGAAGUGGAGGCAUCAGAUGUGAAAGCAGACACUGCAGACAUUAUGAAUGGGUGA